ACGCAAAGGGAAGAAACAAGAACAAGAAUAAAUAGGCAGGCAGCAAUGAAUACUGAAUAUGAAUGAAGAAAGAGAGAUGGAUUCUUGGUAAACUGGGGAGAGAAGAAAGAACAGAAGAAACAGAGCAAACAUUGUCCUCUGUGGACCAUUGAUUUCCCAUCUUACAUUUCAAACCAAAACAACAAACGGAACAGUUUUGGCCCACUGAGUCACUGACCACCAUAAUCCUUCCUUUCAUUGAUUGAUCUUUAUACCUUAGUACUUGGUAGAAUAAAGAUUCCCACCUCUAUGCUUCUUUCUUCUUCAUCUUUACCAUGAGUCUUCUUGUUCUUCAGAUCUGUCUCCUUUCUUCUGUGUCACUCCUGUUGCUGCCUGAGGCUACUGGAUUGUCAUCAUCAUCCGAAUUCCGAAGGUCGAAAGCCGAGUACUACCGCAGCCCAGAUUGCUUGGGCACAUCAACUGGAGCUUGUGGUUAUGGCAUCCAUGGAAGCACCAUCAACAAUGCUCUGGUGGCUGGAGUUUCUGGGCUAUGGAAUAACGGGAUCGGCUGUGGAGCUUGCUACCAGGUGAGAUGCAAGGUUGAUAACCUAUGCAAAGAGGAAGGGAUAACGGUGGUGGUGACCGACAAUGCCUCAGGAGGCGAUGUCGAUUUCAUUCUCAGCGCACAUGCCUACGGAAGCAUGGCUCAUCCCAACAAUACUGCCGAGCUAUUCUGGAAAGGGGUGGUGGACAUCGAGUACCGACGUACAAAGUGCCAGUUCCCAGGCUACAACCUCAUAUUCAAGGUUGUGGAGCAGAGCCACUACCCUCACUACUUGGCCAUAGCCCCUAUGUUCCACGGUGGGGAAAAAGAUAUCUUUGGUCUGGAAAUUAGUCCGGAGGGUAAUGAGGAAUGGAAGAGUAUGAACAAGGCGUGGGGUGGAGUUUGGGACUUGCCUAAUCCGCCAUCAGGUGCUCUUAAAGUAAAGGUCAAAGUUGGGACUAGCAAUGGGGAGCAGAAAUGGGUAGAAGCAAAUAAGGCCUUACCGAGUUCGUGGAAGCCUGGUGCUGGCUAUGAUUCCCACGUCAAGCUUGCUUGAAAGAUCUUCCAUGAUUAUUAUGAGUGAAAAAUGCCUCUAUUUGCUAGAUAUCCUGAGUGAUCCAUGAAAAGAAAACUCAGUUGUGAUUGAAAAUGUUUACUGCUAUGUUGCUACAUGCAAGCAGAUGAAUAAAGCUGGUAGUAGUGAAAAGAGCAGACGAGAAACUAAUCAAGAGAUUGUAACUCCCACCCAUAUAGGCAAUGCCAUCAGAAGUGAUAUAGGACGAUAUCGAAGAUAAGGUAAAGUUCGUUAUCGUACGAACGGACGAGAGAAUAACACGAAACACAGAUUAUACUUAGAAUAUAUUUAUUACUGUUUUAUUUUCAUCAUGCUGCCGUUCGGCUUCCUGACUUGCCUAUUUAUAAGGUAAACAGGAAAGAAACAGGCAGUUAUGGUCGAAGAGACACACCCCUUCGCCCAAAAUAUACAUCCCUUCACAAAGGAGUUACUGUCUCAUUAAGAGACUUAUUGCUGCUACUAUAUGACUAUAAAUAUUAAGGCUUCUGUAUCAAGAAGGCUCCCAAAGAUCCAGAUUAUGCAAGUAUCUGGAGAACAUCCUAAGUUUUGGAUAUAAGACAUCUUCACUAUUGCAACACGUCAUGCUGGCAGGCUCAACACUAUGAAUUCGGGCCGAAAUGAAUAUCAAGAAAAAGAAAGGUACAUAUAAUGAGAUUCAAAUAACAAAGGGAUCCGCGUUGCCUCGAGAAGACCUAACCUACAUUUAAACUCUAUGCUGCUAGCAAAGAAGUGCGACGAAAAAGAGUAACUCUUUGUCGCAAUCACAUGAAAAAUAUUUUGACAAGUAAUAACUAAUAAGCGUAGAAGUUUAAGUCAAGCAAACUAAAAUCCGCAGUCAUUUUGACAUCUAACUGGUAUAAAAAAAAGGGGGCUACAAUUUCAGUUCUACACAAUGCCAGAGACCAUCAUAAACAUACAUGCUGCUACUUUCAUGAUCAAUUAAGUAGAACAGAGAGUAACAGCCAAUAGAGAUAUCAACAGCAUGGACUGUUAAACAUCUAAGAUACUCGGCCAUAAACAUGUAGAACACUGAGAACAUGGACUUCACGGUGCCCAUAGAUCAUCAAAAUUUUCUGACUACGGAGUAAAAAAAUACAAAAAUU